AUGUCACCAAGUGCAGACCACGAAGGUUAUAGAAUUGGCCCUGUCGAUGCUUCCACUACCGUUGUGGUGGUGGGCGCGGGACCAUCGGGGUUGAUGCUAGCGUGUAAUCUUGUUCGCUUUGGAAUCGCCGUGGUUAUUCUGGAUGAUCGUCCCGACAAGACAUCCACAGGCAAGGCCGACGGGAUGCAGCCCAAGACCAUCGAGACAUUCAGACAACUUGGCUUGGCGGACCCAUUACUGAAAAAUGGGGCAAAGGUUUAUGAUAUUUCGUUCUGGGAGUCGACCGCCAACGAGUCACUGAGACGCACAGGUCGUAAAACCCACUACCCUGAGCACGUCGGUGCCUCCGAUCCAUAUAUCUUGCUAGCACACCAGGGAAUGGUUGAAGAGGUGAUGAUCGACGACAUGGAGGCACGGGGUGUGUCCGUCACGCGCAAUAGCAAGUUCGUGUCUUGUUCGCGAUUGGAUGGAAUGGCCAAAUUGGAUAUUACCUAUGAGGAUGUUCGUACCAAUACCCCUCACAAGAUCAGAGCCGACUACCUGGUUGGAUGCGAUGGAGCUCGAUCUAAAGUCAGAUCCUUCAUUCCGGAUGCUGAACUUGAGGGAGAAUUAACAAAUGCAGCUUGGGGAGUGCUCGAUGGCGUGAUUGAUACGGAUUUCCCUGAUUUAUGGAGCAAAGUGGCAUUGCGGUCCCAUUCUGCUGGAUCCAUCUUGUGGAUUCCACGCGAGAAAGGUAUGACGCGACUAUAUGUCGAGUUGAGUUCCACCGACGGGGAGCGAGUCGAAAAAUCAAAAGCCACGACUGAAUACGUUAUGAGCCGUGCCAGGGAGGCCAUGUAUCCAUUCAACCUAGAGUGGAAGACAGUGGAGUGGUUCGGAACAUACGUUGUGGGCCAACGGGUUGCGAAACGCUUCAUGGAUGCAGAGGCAAGGAUAUUCAUUGCAGGUGAUGUAGGUCAAACUCAAUUUGGAAUUCACUUUAUCCAUGAGCUAACCGAGACACAGGCGGGCCACUGCCACUCAGCCCUUGCAGCCCAAGGUGCGAAUACAAGUAUGCAUGAUAGCUUCAACCUCGCGUGGAAGCUCAACCUCCUCGUCCGAGGACUUGCCAAACCAUCCUUACUCCAUACCUACGAAGCAGAAAGACAAAAGAUAGCAUACGACCUCAUCAACUUUGAUCUAGAGCACUGCAAAGCAUUCGCAGCAGGUGAUUCAGAAUUGGCCAAGAACUUCGACGACAACAUUCGAUUCAUAUCUGGGGUUGGAGCUGAAUAUGCUCCAGGAAUGUUGACACAAGCACCAACCACUACAUCUCAUCUCCAGCCUGGAAUGCUCCAACUCCCAGCUAAAGUCACUCGCUACAUCGACGCUAACCCGGUCGAUAUUCAGCUGGAUGUCCCUUUGUUGGGUCAAUUCAAGAUCUAUAUUGUUGUGCCCGAUGUUUGCCGUUCGGGGGCAUCAUUGAAAUAUAUUUGCGAAGAGAUGCAAUCUAUCUUUUCUGGUGUUAGCGUCCAAGCAGAUCAGUCAUAUGGGAAGCAUCCGAGGGGGCAUGCUCCAACAGAUGGAUUCGUUCAGGCCCAGCGCUACAUUGCUGUCUCCAAAGCUUUUACUUUUGCAAUGGUCACGCAGUCUACUCAGUCUGAAUUUGAGAUUGCUGACCUCCCGGAGAUACUGCAAAGUAGUCGGUGGACUUUGUAUGUGGACAAUAUUGGAGGGCCGAGUUUUACUAACAAGUGGUUUGGGGAUUUGAGCGGCGAGAGGAUUGGGAUGGCCGUUGUGAGGCCCGACGGAUAUGUUGGAGCUAUUGAAACUUGGGAUGCCGAACAAGUUGGUAGCAUAGGGCAGUGGUUGCAGGAUUAUUUCUCUUUCAUGGUGUAA